AUGUUGGUUUCUCCCAGUGGUCGUCCUUGCCACUUUGUGGCCAAGGACUUUUUCUUGGAGAACCAUAACUACUGGCUCAAAUUCUUUUUCAACCGUGGCGGCAUCGGAACACAAGUUGACCGCCUGAAGAAUCUAUUUUCUAUGAACAUUCCCCUGCUCCGAUCACUGUUCCUCUCCCUGCAAGUAGACAGUGGCAAGCAUCGAGUGUAUCAAAGUCACAAGGUGACAUUGUCCAAGAGCUCGCUGAAAUCAUUUCAGCAGAUGGCCCACAACAGUGAUAUUCUUAACCAACAUAACCGAACUCAAUAUUACCGUGACCUCACAAUUGACUCUACUUAUGUAGAAGGUCUCGUUUCCUUCCAAGAUAUCAUCUCACACAAAGACCAUGAUCUCAGUCGGCUCCGCUCACACAUACCUAGCCACUAUCAACACACUGAUGAUGAACAUGUUGCUGAGGCACGUGUAAUGCUCAAUUCUGAAGACGAUGCAUUGGGAUCGAUCGACCCAAAGGAUACCAUUUCUAACCCAGAAGAGGUUGAUCCCCCCUCAUCUGACUGCAUGUAA